AUGAUGAAAGCUUUAGAGUCAGAACAAAAUUUGAAAACGACAAAGAGUAGAAGCUUGCUUUUCUGGGGUUAUGUUUGGCAAAAGCAUCGCAAAAUCAAAAAAAGAGAGAGUGAGAGAGCAGAGCGAACAAACGCACUCUUCAUUUUUGUUUUAAACAUUAAAUUCAAGCAGUUUAAAAAGGGAAAACUAGUGUUGUAUAGCAGGAAUAUUUCAUUGGAACUGAAAAUGGUGUAUCUUAAGGGAGCUGCUUUAUUUGUUACGUUGCUGAUUCUUGCGAUUUCGCAAUCGAAAGGAGGGGUGAUCGGAGACUGUUGGGAAAGACACAGCGAUUGUACAACCCAAAACUAUGACACCGGAUCUGGUUUUCUCUCUUGUGCAGAAAGAUGCGUGUGUCUUGGAUACGGUAAAGGGCACUGUGUGUCCCACUCCCGGUAUACAUGCCAUCAGCUAAACAGGUCCUACCGCUGUAUGUGUGCUUUAAGGCGGCGGGGACACAGGCCCACUUAUUGUAGAGUCGGAAUGUAGAUCGAAGUUCGUUACAGUUAUUCGAGAGGAUACAGACCAAAUCCCGGAGCGAGGGAAAGAAUGUUUUAUAAAUUUUGUGAGUUACUGUAUGUUUCUUCACCUGAUUUUUUGAUUAAUAAACAUCAUGUUUUCGAAUUAU